GUGGGCUCGCGCUUCCCGUCGGCGCUGAGCAUGUUCGCUGGCCCCCGAGGUGACCGCGGGCUCCUGCUGCUGCCGCCGCUCCUACCGCUGCCGCAGGUGGCGCUGGGCUUCGCGGAAGGCAGCUGCGACCCCUCGGAUCAGUGCCCGCCCCAGGCCCGCUGGAACAGCCUGUGGCACGUGGGGCUUAUCCUGCUUGCUGUUCUCCUGCUGCUGCUGUGUGGGGUCACGGCCAGCUGCGUCCGGUUCUGCUGUCUCCGGAAGCGGGCGCACGCCCAGCCACACCUGCCGUCAGCACCUGAGCCUUGCGACCUGACAGCCAUCCCCGCGGACAGCGACAGCCCCAUGCACAGCACUGUGUCAUCCUACAGCUCUGUGCAGUACCCGCCGGGCAUGCGGCUGCCCCUGCCCUUUGGGGAGCUGGACCUCGACCCCGUGAGCCCUCCCGCCUACAGCCUGUAUGCCCCUGAGCUGCCGCCCUCCUACGAUGAGGCCGUCAAGGUGGCUAAAACCAGACAGGAAGAGCCACCUCCCUCCCAGUAGCCCAGCCCCCUCCCUGAGGCCUCAGGCCUAGAGAUCCCUCCAGGGCCCCAGGAGUGGGCCCGCAAUGCCAAACACCCCUGGCUGUAGCCCUGAUGCCCGCCGGAGGGGGCAGGAAAGCUCUCCCGAGCCUCCCGAUGCCACCAGCCACUCUGUGCUCAUGGGGGACUGUGCAAGGGCACCCCAGCCCACCCUCACCAUCCUUCCCCACCCCGGGAAGGCCAGCCGUCCGGCACAUUGCUGCAGCCCUGGCCUCGUUGCUAUGUAACACUGGGCAUCUGAGCCAGCCGGCCCUGUGUUGGCCACACACACACACACACACACACACACCACACACUGCUACCUUCAGCCCUGGCCCCUGGGGGCCCAGGCCCAGCAGGCCCUCAGCCCAGAUGAGGACCCACAGACCUAAGCCUCAGGGCUCAGGGCCUGCUGUGAUGUCUACAGCUUUUUGGAGAGAGAAUAAAGUUUCUAUCUAAGUGAUCUCCA